UGCAAACUCCACACAGAAAGGACCCUGACCGCCCCACCUGGGGAUCGAAUCCAGGACCUGCUUGCUGUGAGAUGACAGUGCUACCCACUUAGCCACCGUGCCGCCCUCAAGUCUUGAAAUGAAAUGAAAACAUAAAAAGUACCAAACAACAUUAGAAACUAUGGCGACUUCACGAACGAUGCUGAAAUCCUCACAAGUAGGAUACAGCAUGCUUAAAAAACGGCUCUUACAACCUGGCAUCACUCUGCCAAUGGUUCUGAGCAGCAGGGGCAUUGCUGAGAGAGACUAUCGCAGACCAGGCCAGGCUCCAGAUACACGAUGGCCCUGGCAGAAGAUCACCUUUGACUUCUCAAAGGGUGUAGAAGGAGUAAAGAAGCAUUUUGGACUUCUAAAAACUGAGUUUGCGGAGAGAUGGACGGGGCCUGAGGGUCGACCGUUGGAAGAGCACAUGCUGGAGCAAACGCGGGUUUUGUGGGAGUUUCGGGGACCCGAGUCUCUUAAUCAGUGGGUGGUUUCCUCAGACCGGGAGAUCGGAGGCCUAAGUGGGGCGUAUCUGAAGCUGGGGAGAAACAGCAACACGUGUAUGAUGUACGGUACCCUGUGUUCAGUCCCACCGAGGGAUGGAGAGACUCGGUACAGCGGGUACUGCACGCUGCGCUCCAAACAGCCUCUGGCUUCAUUCGAAAGGAAGAAGCACUACGAUUGGUCGAGCUUUAACUCGUUGUAUUUGCGUAUCCGUGGAGAUGGCAGGCCUUGGAUGGUGAACAUCUCAGCAGAAACUUACUUUUCGCACCAGAGAGACGACAUGUACAGCUACUUUUUAUACACACGAGGUGGUCCAUACUGGCAGGAUGUCAAGAUUCCAUUUUCAAAAUUUUUCCUGUCAAGUCGGGGAAGAGUUCAAGAUGAUCAGCACCCCCUCUGGCUGGACAAGGUGAACACCAUCGGCUUCACAUUGGGAGAUAAAGCAGACGGACCGUUCCAGUUGGAGAUUGAUUUUAUUGCUUUGUGUAGCGAUCAAGCUCACACAGAAGAAUUUGCUUAUGAACUGUACAAAAGAAACCCAGAGGUGUAAUGGUGACCUGUUACGGACUGAAAAUGGCAUCAUAAACACAAGAACACAGAUGUACAAAAACACUUUUGUUUAAUAGCAAAUAAAUGCAACUUCAUCGUU